AUGGAGUACAUCCAAGGGAUGAGAGAGAUCUUGUACGACUUGCGGACCAGGGUCCAGAAAGCAAAGCUAAACUUGGAAAAUAUCGCGCAGCUGAUGGAGGAGUGCUCAGCCGCUCCCUUGUUCGAAAGGAAGGACAACAAGGAGACAGCACUCUUGGACCUGGAUGGGAAAGCAAACACCUUAACCAAGCGCUGUGCUGCUGUCAGGGACGCGGGCGUAAAGAUCCAGGGGAUGGUGGAGGAGAAUGCAUUGCUGUUCAAGGCUGACAAGUCCUCACAGAUAUGGCUGGACUACGUGGGAUGCAUAGACAGAAUCGUGCUGGACAGACUCUUCAGACUUGUCCACAAAUCUCUGCAGCUGCUGCUCACCAACAUGGCCCCUGAUGCCGAUGUGGCCCCGUUGUUCGAGGUGCGCAUGGAGCUGAGCAACGGCAGAGUGCAGUACCAUCCCUCGCUGGAGGCGGGAGACAACAGCUUCUUGGGGCUGAUGGAGAGCCUGCUCAACGAUACCUACGCGCCCGCGGCCUGUAUGCCUCGGCUGCUGGAGGGGAAGCUGAGCUACAAGACCAUGCUGGAGGAGCAGGCGGAUCUCAGCAGGAUGCGGGAGGAGGUGCUGUCACUGGUGGUCAGCACCAUGGCGGAAGGCGAGGAGUACAGCGCCGGCUUCGAGGAGCAAGCCCACCUGUGGCUGGAGGACCCCGGGGAGUUCCUGCAGCAAUUCCUCACCCUGGGCAGUGCCCCCAGCCCCGAGGAGCUGGAGCUGGAGCUGGAGCUGCAGCCAGAGGAGCCCCCGACUCACGGGACCCCGUCCCUCCAGCUCUUUCAGCAGGAGAUUGACGCAUGCGAGGCGCUCUGCGAGGAGGUGAUGGGGUUCUCGAACACCAAGGUGUUUGGGGGGUGGCUGCAGAGCAACUGCCGCCCCUUCAAGAAGGCGCUGCUGGGUGCCAUCAAGCGCCGGGGUCUGGCGCUCCGGCAGCACCUCGCCAGCCACGUCAUCACCAGUCUCCAGGAGCUGGAGGAUUUCAUCCAAAAAGCAAACACCGGCUUGAAUAAACCUCUGAAGGAGGGAGACUACGAUGGGUUAGUGGAGGUGAUGGGGCACCUGAUGAGGGUCAAGGAGAGGCAGGCAACGACUGACACCAUGUUUGAGCCUCUGAAGGAGACGGUUGCCCUGCUCAGCACUUAUGGAGAGGAGAUGCCGGAGGAGAUCCACCUCCAGCUCCACGACCUCCCCGAGCACUGGGACAGCACCAAGAAGCUCUGCCUGCGCGUCAAGCAGAGCGUGGCACCCCUGCAAGCCAACGAGGUCACCAUCCUCCGCAAGAAGUGCCAGCAGUUCAAGGUCCGGCAGCACGCCUUCCGGGAGAGCUUCCGGCAAAAAGCCCCAUUUUCGUACACUGCCCCAGACCCCUACAAGUCCUUGAACAAGCAACAGAAGAGCAUCACCGCCAUGGAGAGUGAGAUGGCAGCCCUGUCCAAGUCGGCCGGGCUGUUCGAAGUGUCGGUGCCCGACUAUAAACAGCUGAAAGCUUGCCGCAGGGAAGCGCGCUUGCUGAAGGCGCUCUGGGACACGAUCGUCCUGGUUAACACAAGCAUGGACGACUGGAAGACCACCCGGUGGAAGGAUAUCAAUGUUGAGCAGAUGGAUAUGGAUUGUAAGAAAUUUGCUAAAGACAUUUGGAGCUUGGACAAGGAGGUGAGAAGCUGGGACGCGUUCACAGGGCUGGACAACAACGUGAAGAACAUGAUAACGUCCCUGCGCGCCGUGAACGAGCUGCAGAACCCGGCCAUCAGGGACCGGCACUGGCAGGAGCUCAUGCAGGCAACCAAGGUGAACUUCACCAUGUCCAAGGACACAACCCUCGCUGAUCUGCUGCAGCUGAACUUGCAUAAGUUUGAAGAUGAGGUUUGUGGUAUCGUGGACAAAGCCAUGAAAGAGUCGGGGAUGGAGAAGGUGCUGAACGCCCUGGACGCCACCUGGGCCACAAUGCGGUUCGAGCACGAGCCCCACGCCAGGACCGGCAUCGUGCUGCUCAAGGCGGAUGAGGUGCUCAUCGAGACGCUGGAGGACAACCAAGUGCAGCUGCAGAACCUGAUGACCUCCAAGCACCUAGCCUUCUUCCUUCAGGAGGUGUCAAGCUGGCAGCAGAAGCUGUCGACCACUGACUCCGUUAUCAGCAUCUUGUUUGAGGUACAGAGGACGUGGAGCCACCUGGAAAGCAUCUUCAUCGGCUCCGAGGACAUCCGCAGUCAGCUGCCAGAGGACUCGAAGCAUUUUGAUGCUAUUGAUCAAGAUUUCAAAGUGCGAAGGCUGUCCCCUCCCCGGGUGCCCGAGAGCUCACCGCCGGUUCGGGUAGAGCUGAAGCGUUUUUCCUCUUGCAGAGAUUAA